AUGAGAGCUGUUUCAGAGGUAAGGGAAGAGGAUGAUGGGAACAAGGAUGCUGGGGAGCAGGAUGAUGGGCAGGAGGAUGAUGGGAACAAGGAUGAAGGGGAAGAGGAUGAUGGGAACGAGGAUGAUGGGGAGGAGGAUGAUGGGGACGAGGAUGAUGGGAACGAGGAUGCUAAUAUCCCUGUUGUUGCUGAAGCGGUUGAUGAUGCUGAGGAUUACAGUGAGUAUGGGAAGGUUAAAGAUGCGGAUGAGGAAGAAGAAGAUGAUAUGUGUUUUGAAGAUUUGAAAGGGACAUAUGGUAGUGAAGGAGGGAGAUCGUAUGGUAGCAGGAUCUAUGUCAACCAGAGUUUUGCUAGUAAGGAUGCAUUGGUUUCAGAGUUGCGGUUGACAGCGGUGAGGCGUAAGUUCUCCUUCAGAAUAUACAAGUCAACGAAAACUCUCCUUGUGGCAACAUGUCGGGUUAAUGGUUGUGGAUGGAAGAUCAGAGCGAGUGUGAAACAUGGGACAAACACUUUUUGGGUAACCAAGUAUGUGGAAACUCAUAUAUGUUCUGUGGGAGACAGAAUCGCCCAGCGGAAACACUGUACUCCGAAAGAAUUUUUAUAUGCGCAAGAAUUGGUGAGAGGAUCAGCGGAAGAUGGGUAUGAGCGACUGCCUUCAUAUUUGGAGCAAAUCUCCUUAACAAAUCCGGGUUCUAUCACUGGUCUAGAACUUGAUUCUCUUAAUAGAUUUAAGUAUUUAUUUCUCUCCUUUGGAGCUUCAAUCCGAGGUUUUCGGUAUCAGACAAGGGUCAUUGUGGUGGAUGGGACUCACCUAAAUGGGAAGUAUCAAGGUGUUAUGUUAGUUGCAGGCGCACAAGAUGGUAAUUUUCAGAUAUUUCCAUUGGCUUUUGCGAUCGUUGAUGGUGAAAAUGAUGAAUCUUGGGAGUGGUUUUUCACAAAAUUGGCGAGUUGUGUAUCUGAUGAGUAUCCUCUGGUGAUAGUCUUUGACCGGCGCACGGGCAUUAAGAAUGUGUGUGAUAAGGCUCUCCAGGAUAAGAUUGAUAUUCUCAUUGCUGAUAAGGCCACCCAGGAGCAGCUGCACUUUGUUGGUAACCCAAACAAAGAAGCCACACCUGUUGUCCAGGAAGUUGAUGGUUUGGAAGGGCAAGAAGAGUUGUGCUUCAUCAAAAACAAUGGUAGCUUGUACAAGAAAGAGCCAAACUUUCAGUACAACAACUACCAACAGAGAUCUUACCCCAACAACCAACAGAGUGGUUAUCAGCCUCGGAACAACCAGCAAGGAAGCUAUCAGCCUCAACAAAACCCUCCUCCUGGUUUCAACACCAAAGGACAACAACCUGCCCAACAACAACCUACUACUUCUACCUCUACUUCUCAACAUCAAAGAAGGUUAAAUCCUAACCUGAAGGAUGUUGUAAAGAAAGAGAUUCUUAAACUCUUAGAUGCUGGUGUUAUCUACCCUAUCUCAGAUUCUAAAUGGGUAUCUCCUGUGCAUGUUGUGCCAAAAAAGGGUGGUAUAACUGUGAUUAAAAAUGACAAGGAUGAAUUGAUACCAACAAGAACAGUCACUGGGCAUAGGAUGUGUAUUGAUUACCGCAAACUGAACUCUGCAUCUAGAAAGGAUCAUUUUCCACUUCCAUUUAUUGAUCAGAUACUUAAGAGACUUGCAAAUCAUCCAUUCUAUUGUUUUCUUGAUGGAUAUUCAGGAUUCUUCCAGAUCCCUAUACAUCCUAAUGAUCAGGAGAAAACAACAUUCACAUGUCCUUAUGGUACUUUCGCAUAUCGAAGAAUGCCAUUUGAUCUAUGUAAUGCUCCAGCCACCUUUCAAAGGUGCAUGAUGUCGAUCUUUUCUGAUCUGAUUGAGGAUGUUGUGGAGGUGUUCAUGGAUGAUUUCUCUGUCUAUGGAUCUUCUUUUUCUGCUUGUUUGUCAAAUUUGUGCAGGGUCCUACAGAGAUGUGAAGACACCAACCUUGUGCUGAACUGGGAGAAGUGUCACUUCAUGGUCAAAGAAGGGAUUGUGCUGGGGCACAAGAUUUCAGAGAAGGGGAUUGAGGUGGAUAAGGCCAAAAUCGAUGUUAUGGUUUGUUUGCCCCCACCAAAGACAGUGAAAGACAUCCGAAGUUUUCUUGGUCAUGCUUGGUUUUACAGGAGAUUCAUAAAGGACUUCUCCAUGAUCACUAGACCAUUGACCAGGCUGCUUUGCAAAGAAGCCACCUUCAGCUCUGACGUGGAGUGUCUAGAAGCCUUCAAGAAGCUAAAAGGAUCCUUACACAGUGUCAUGGAUCAUCUUAUGGAUGCCACUUUGGUACCUUCAAGACUGUUGCUAAGGUGUUACAAGCUGGAAUCUCAUUGCUAA